AUGGCCACCACUACCUCGUCCUCGUCGUCGGCAGCGGACGCACCUGCGCGGCCGCCGCUCGUGAUGCAGCUCAUCGUCGACCACAGCCUCGUGGGCGGCACCGAGUGGGGCCUCGGCCCGCUCAUGGCCCAGGCCGCACACGCAUCCCUCGCCAUCAUCGCACGCACGCGCGACUCGGCCGCGACGCAGGCCUACCUCGCGCCCGACAACGUCGCGCACAUGCGCAAAGUCGUCCUGCAGACACCCAAGGACGUCGACCUCGCGUCCCUCUCGCGCGCGCUGCAGGAGCGCGAGCACGCCCAGCCGGGCUUCCCGCGCCACCACGUCUGGAUCGAGAUGCCCGAGGGCGUGCCGACGGUGCUGGCCCUCGAGCCCAACGAGCGGCCGCCGGUGCGUAGAACACUCUUCAAAUAG